AUGGAAGAAGAUAUGGAAAUGAAGAGCGGCAGCGCUAUGCGCUCAAUGCCAGUAGAUAGUGGGAAUGGUGGCUAUGAGAGCGCUACAGCGCGCCAAAAACAACACCUGGAGAGAUAUCUCAACUUCUUCUCAUCGGUCGCAUUUUCUGCUUGUCUGCUUGCCUCAUGGGAAACGGCCGGUGGUAGUUUGCUCUCAGGACUAUACAACGGCGGCCCCGCUGCGAUUAUUUAUGGCAUUAUCCUAACCACCCUGGGCAAUCUGUCCAUUGCAUGCUCCUUGGCUGAGCUUGCCUCUAUUCACCCAACUGCAGGUGCUCAAUAUCACUGGUCCUAUUUCCUCGCGCCUCGCGGUCGUCGAUUCCUCAGUUUCUUCCAGGGAUGGGUUACUGUCUUCAGCUGGAGUAGUCUGGUGUGUAUCGCACCCUUCUUCAUCGGCAACCAAAUCCAGGGCAUGGUUAUGCUGCAGUACCCCGACUAUGAGAUGCAAAGGUGGCGCGGCACCCUGCUCAUGUGGGCAGUUGCAAUCAUUCCCAUUCUCCUGAAUGUGUUUGCGCGUCGCAUUCUGGGAGGUGUCGAGGUUGCCGCAGGUAUCAUGCAUGUUGUCUUCCUACCAGUUGUUAUCGCAGUCUGCGUUAUCCUCGCCCCUCGAAACCCCGACGAGUUCGUCUGGGGGACCUUUGUCAGCGGCUUGAGUGGCUGGAAGGAUCCUGGAGUUGUAUUCUCCAUCGGUCUUCUUGGUGUCCUGACUCCCCUGAGUGGUGUCGACGGUAUUAUUCACAUGGCUGAAGAAGUCAAGAAUGCCAAAUUCGUCGUCCCCCGCUCCAUGAUCUACGGCACCUUGAUCAACGGAAUCCUCACAUUGGGCUACCUGAUCGCUAUUCUCUACUGCAUGGGCGACUACGUCGAAGCGGUCACCACCCCAACAGGCUACCCCAUCAUUCAAAUCACCUACCAAGCUACUAAGUCCAAGGCGGCCACAUACGUCCUCAUGACGAUGGGCAUCCUGCCCGGCUGGAUCGGCUUCUUCAACGGCCUCGCCUCCGUCACGCGUCUCACCUGGGCCUUCGCUCGAGACAACGGACUCCCCUUCUCCGUCUUCUUUACCUACGUCGACCCAACCUACAAGAUCCCCAUUCGUGCUUUAUUCCUUGUUGCAUCAUGCAUCUUCGCACUCUCGUUCAUUCAGAUUGGCUCUACCGCUGCAUUCAGCGCUAUUCUCUCGAUCAGCACACUCGGUCUCUACAUUUCCUACAUUAUCCCUCUCAUCCUCCUUGUCCUGAAGCGCUUCAUGGCUCCCCAUGAUAUCCCACAGGGAUCAUUCACUCUGGGAAAGCUCGGCCUCCCCAUGAAUCUCCUUGCCAUUCUUUUCGCCACCUAUUUCGCCAUCUUCCUUCCCUUCCCCUCGACACUCCCGGUUACCGCGGAGAACAUGAACUAUGCCGGCCCUGUGCUUGGAUUUGUUAUGCUAUUUGCCUGUGGGGAUUGGUUUGUUCGCGGACGCCAUAUCUGGCAAGGCCCAACAGUCAAGGCUUGGGCCAUGACCGAGUGA